UGACCACAUCCCACGCGGCAUCGUUCCAGAGUCCAACUUGAAGUCCAUCGAACGCGUCUCCUUCCAUUUUUCUCUCUCUCCCUCUCUCCCUCUCUCUCGCUGGGAACGGAAGAAUGGAUGCCGUAGAUUCAGUCGUCGAUCCUCUCAGAGAGUUCGCCAAGGACAGCGUUCGCCUCGUCAAGCGUUGCCACAAGCCAGACCGCAAAGAGUUCACCAAGGUCGCGUUUCGUACGGCCAUUGGAUUUGUGGUCAUGGGUUUUGUUGGGUUUUUUGUGAAGCUCAUCUUCAUCCCCAUCAAUAACAUCAUCGUCGGGUCCGGUUAGGAGAUUCUCAAUUUCGAAGGGAGAUCUUGUGCCUUUUUUUUUAUCAUUUAUUUAAGAAAGGUGCUUCCUUUGGCUACCGCGGAGUCUCUUUGUAAAAGCUCCGUAUAGUUCUUUAGGGGGACGGAUUCGUCGCUUGAAAUUGCUAUAGAAGUUUAUCCUGUGACUUGUAUAAUCUUCAUAUUGUUCAAUGUGGCACGACUAUUACUGAUUGGGAGCGAGCCUUUGUGAUGGGAGAUACAAAAAGGCCCUGAUCGAUUGGAUAUGCAUUCGUUAUUGGGAGUCUAUCAUAAGGAUUCAGUGGCAGAUUGUGCAUAGAUUGAUUCGGUUUCGAGAGCCCCUUUCAGCUAUCUUUUUUCACCUUUGCAAAACCAUGUGGUAAUUGGGGUUCUUAUUCUAAAGCAAACUUAUUACCGUUCUUCUGUUGUUCUUAACCUCCUUGAAACUACUGACCUUCAUCGAUCCAUGAAGUUACCAAUCACAUGCUUCUCAUCGUGGCAGAAUUUUUGGUGAAGUUCUCACUUUUGAUGUGUCGUAAUACAUCAGACAUGCUAUUCAUAGUCCUAGGUUUUCACAAAAAUGUUACCUUUGCCCUAUAGAAAGCAUGAUGGCCCUUUAUGUACCUUUUCUCAUGAUACUGGAAAAGAUUUAGCCUUAUGGAAUGUCGGAGUUAUUGAUGCUUAUCCUUUUCCAGGUUAUUGGUAGUUUUCUUCACUGAAUCCAUGACAGAGUCCCUACUAGAUAUCAACCUAAGUUUUCCUGCUGAGGUUUCAUGUGGGUUCCGCAUGUAUGUAGUUAUAAUUGAUUUCAAUGUGAAUUCUUGAAAGCUUUACUUCUCCUAGUAAGAUCAAUUACAAGUAAAUUUAUCAACCUACUAUUCAACACAUCUUCAGAAAUGUCCACAUUGUAGUGGCAUGCUCUGAGAAGGGAGAUGGUUUUAUUCAGUUAUUGCAAAUGUAUUAUCUCUUUUCUUUUGCUUUUCUUUUUUUUGGCAUGUUGAAAGCAAAAUGAAUUCAGUUCUUUUCUGUGCGAUAGGCAUUAAAAGCUAUGCAAUUAGUUGUGAAUCUGGCGUUUACCUGUACCCCUUGAAUUAGUGACAGACAAUAUUGUUCAAUGUGCCAGUAUCAUACACACACCAUAAAGAAUAGGUAGUAACGCAGUUUAUCUUUCUUUGUUGUGCAUCUCAGAACUUACCAUCUUGGCAAAGUAAUUGGGAGUUUUCUCAUAUCCCUUGCAAAUGGUAGUCAUUUUUAGAAAAGAAUAAUUUGAAAUCAUUUUCAGCAUACUCAAUUGAUCAAAAGGAACAUUGUUGCAUCAUUGCUUAGAAGUCUUGUUUUAGUUUUGUGCCUUGAGUUUGGCUAACUUCUUGUGAUGCGUUGAAGGACAAAAAGCUAUGUCUUUUUUAUCUUUUAUUCUUUUGCCCUGCAUCAGAUGUUCAUUGACAUCCAUGACAUGUAUAUUAUUUCAUUGUUUUUGCGAAUUUAUUUGCUUCUUUUAUAUUUUAGUGAUUGCAUGUGAGUUGUAGUAGGACCUAGACUAUCUAGUUUAUGACAACAGAAUGUCCUUAUAUGAGUUUAAACAUAUAAGGUAGAUCAUGUUUCGAAUUUCCGUAGCCAUUGAGAAGUUUUCUGGUGCAUGGAUGCAACGUUGGUUCAAUAGGCUCCCCAAAAGAAUUGACUGAUAAUGUGGUUUUCUUAGAGACCAUUAUUGACAGUUAUUUUGAUUUCAAGCUUGAGAUUCUUUAAGAUUGAAAAUAUAAGUUUUCUUUCAAGAGAACUGGCAAUUGAAACGAACAGCUUUCUUUGCUUAUAAAUGGGAUGAUGCUUU